CCCGAAACUUGGCUCGGGAGCGUCCGAGAAAAAGGAAGGGGGCCCCCGGCGCGGCUGGCGGACUUAAAAUACGCGCGCCGCCGCUUGGGCCCUUGUCUCUGGAGGGAGAGAGGCGCCGGGGCGCGCGAGCGCGCGUCGACCACGUGGUUAUUGCGCGGAGCCUGUGCGAGCGGGCCUCGAAGUCUGCGGCGGCGGCGGCACGUUGUGCGGCCUUGCUUUCGUUCGUGAGACGCAAUCAGCUCUCGACGGCGCUAGACUGUUGCUGUUGCUCUGCCCGCGGCCAGAAUCUACAUGGCAAGCAAGGAAGUGAGGUGAGUGCCGAUGAACGUGACGUCGGCGGGCGUGGUGGCCGGUCCCCUGGUGCCGUCGCUGACGGUCACCCCGCCGUCGGCGACUGGCACGGGCUCUCGCCGGUCCUCGGUGUGGGAGGGGCCCCGCCGCCCUUCAGCCUGGGAGCGGCGCUCGUCCGUCUUCGUCGACGCCGUGGUGGCCGAAGACCUCGUCGCCUGCCACGACGAGGACGCUGCGGCCGCUGGCUUCGCGCGCAAGCAGCAGGUGGGCAUAUACGGAUGGCGCAAGCGGUGCUUGUAUCUGCUGGUCACGCUGCUGUUUGCCAUGGUCAUCAUGAACGUGGCGCUGACGGUGUGGGUGCUCAGGGUGCUCGACUUCUCGCUGGAUGGCAUGGGCCGAUUACGCAUAGUUGAGAACGGUGUGCGGCUGGAAGGGGAAGCAGAGUUCCUGGAUUCACUAUACGCCGCGCAAAUACGAUCAAGAAGGGAACAGCCCCUCAACAUAGAGUCUUCCAAGAACAUUACGCUCAAUGCCAGAAAUAACCAAGGGCAGAUUUCUAAUAGACUUUUUAUAGGAAAUUCAAUCGUUGAAGCUUUCGCCGACGAGUUUCGAGUCCGUGACUCGAGAGGAAAGCUGCUAUUUCGGGCUGCCGACGAUGAAGUUACAGUAGCAGCAGACUCUCUAAAAGUCACCGGUCCUGGAGGCGUAAGGUUCGACGGGUCGGUGCAGACACCGUUAGUUCGUUCCGAGACGUUCAAGCAGUUAAAGCUCGAGUCGCCUACCCGAAGGCUUAAGGUGGAAGCGCCGCAAGGCGUUCUUGUGGAGUCAAAAGCUGGAGACAUCAGUGUCGCCUGUCACCAGAACCUUACUCUCCAGUCGAGGCAAGGCGAGAUAUUCCUCGACUCGGAACGGAUCGUGUUCCAGAACCUCAAGACUCCGCUGCCGGCGUUAUCGGGGAGCCCUUACAAGAAUGUGUUUCAACUUUGUGUUUGUCAGACUGGUGUGUUAUUCCUGUCUGAACCGGAUGGACAGUGUCGAGCAGAUGACAGCGUCUGCAAGUGAAACUCAGCCAACCCAGAACUGUGCACGCCAAGAUCAAGCUUACGCGUUAGCGGUCGAGCUUAGACUGUGCACGUGCCAUAUCCACACAUAGUAAAGAUGCAAGUGGGCGAAGAAAUGACCGAGGUGAUAAGGCAUGCUAUACGAACAUUGUGACAAAGCACGAGCAAGAUUCAAGAGCAGAAGACGUGCUCAAGGUAUAGAUACUCUUCCGCGGUCUACCAAGCUAUAUGUGUUAACAGGAGUUGGAACGCUCAUUGUGCAGUUGCUGACAUGACAAAAAUAGAAAUCUUUGGCAAAAGGCAAGGACACAUACUAUACUCAAAUAAUGCGGGUUUAAUGCGCAGUUUUUUUUACUGCAUACAAUAAAAAACUGCAGAUUGGACCUUCAGGGGUUUAGUCAUGGGUUCAUCAGCCAGUCAGGGCCGGCUGAUGAACUUCAGGAUGGCUCCUGCUGACGUAAACCUGUAACAUUAAAUUGAAAGUUUUAUGGUCAUCAGAUCGAGGCGAUGUUUUUAACCUGUGCUGCACACUGUUGCCUUCAUACGAGGACAAGAUUUUAUAUGAAUGAACGGACAACGGAAGUGAAGAGUAAAUCAACUCUGAAUCAUUCACUGGGCUGUCGCACGACUAAAGUGAGCGGGAACCAGAUUCACUUUUUCUCGGAUGACACAAGCCAGCUUAUUGAAAAAAAAAAUAAUAUUCGCAACAAUACUGAAAGCAUAGGGGAAAAGCUUUUCGCCACGUGGAAUGAGUAUUGAGUCAGGUAAAUGGUAUUAGACUAAAGAUGAACAUUACUUUGAACACUACUCAGCCCAAAGCUGCAUGUUUAAGGUAAGCAUGCUGCGAGUGUGCGAAUGAAAGUUUCCUUUGUCUGUUUUUAUUCUCACCGCUCAGGAAACGUCAAGAUCACUAGUUUCCGCGAGUGAACCGUUUUCUGUUAGAGCUUCGAUGUUGAAGAGUAGAACAGUGAAUAUAUCUGUUGCCAGAAAAUUGUUGCCUUAUACGUCACGUUGAGUGUCUGUAAAUAAACGCAUAUCAAUCAUUGUUUA